AUGGGGUCUACAGCGAUUACGCUGGCAGAUUUGCCAAAUAUUUUUAUUAUGAUUGGUGCCUUGGUGGCGCUUUUUGUUAUGUUAGUGAUCUUGCUAAGGAAUAUGGAAGUGAUCGGUAUAAUGGGUGAAGGCAGAGAAGAUGCUUGGGGUCAGACGAUGCAGCCACCAAGGCUGCUUAUGCAAAGGGUUCACAUACCCUUCACUUUUAAGCUAGAGGAGAACGCGCCUAUUGGAUACAAUGGAGUAAACUGCGUGGUGUCUUCUACAGUUCGAUACUGGCACGCUAGCUGGUGGGGAGCUCCGGUCCGGGAGCUGCACAGAACUCUGUGGGGUUCGCUCGCCGAGAUACUAGCGUCAAACAACUUUCAUUUCACUAAGAGUAGUCCUCAUGACGAGCAGCCUUUAAAUUUGGCAACCGAGGAGCCUCUUCAGCUGGGCCCCCCACCUCGCUCGUGCUAUCCUCUUGUAGUGAUCUUAGCCAGGGAUGUUCGGGACACGGGCGAGCUAAGGCCUGAUGAUACGGUGGCGCUAGUCAGUGUUGUCCACAUCAGGGACGACCAGUGUUCGCUGCCGAGCGGUAUCAUCGCUCAGUAUUUGAAACAGGCCAACGGACAUCUGUCUUGUUUGAAGCAACUGUAUGUGAGCAGCGAGCUAGGCGCGGGUGCAGAGGGUUACGAGACAGGAGAAGGCGCCGAAGCGCUGUGCUGCGUGUGUGCUUCGCAGCCGCUGUCACGAGCGCUGCUGCCCUGCCGCCAUGCUUGUCUAUGCGCCAGCUGCCUACUAGAUGACAAUAAUAGCCUUAUCUGUCUUGCCUCCUAUUACGUGAGUGGUAAUAAAGCUAUAGUCGGUAAAAUGUGGGUGUUAAAAUGCGCCUCUGUCUACCCCUUCGAGGAUAAAAGGCGUGACAAAACUAGACAAGUGUCCGAUCUGCCGCAGCGUGAUCACCAGCUACUUCUGCAUCAGGAACGACGACGAGCCGCUGUCGGAGCUCAAGCAGCAGCGCUUCCCCUUCAACAGGCGGCUUUUCAACCUGUUCCAUUAUCACUAGCCAGAGGAUGCGAACAGUGCAAGAGAAAAAUUCUCAACACAAACGACAUAAUCUUCAACUUUGACAGUGUGUGUUAA